AUGCAAUGCAACAGUGCUGGUGCAUCCAUACUCGAAACUGGGUGGGAGCCAGGCACUCAUGAUGGAAUUGCAUUGAGGUUAUCCAUCAAAGGCCUCACUGCAAUCACUUUUGACAUGAGAGGUGUUGGAAGAUCCCCAGGCUGGAGUUCUCUUACUGGUUUCGCUGAAAUUCAAGAUGUCAUUGCUGUUUGUACUUGGGUCUCUCAAAACUUGUCUCCAAACAAGAUUUUCUUGGUGGGUUCCCCUGCAGGAGCUCCAAUUUCUGGUUCUGCAGCUGAUAAGUUGGAGGAAAUUAUUGGUUAUGUAAGCAUAGGUUACCCUUUUGGCUUAACUGCUUCCAUUCAGUUUGGGAGGCAACAUAAAGCAAUUUUACAGUCGCCCAAACCAAAACUGUCAUGGGCACUAGAGAUGGAUGGUGGAUUUAAUUCUGGGUUUCCUCGCAUCAUUGGAGGGAUCAGCAGCCUGGCUAGCAAAACAUUUGCCUCACUGACUUGUAGAAUCAGCAGACAGAGCCAGUAUUCAGCAGGUUUUUCAAAUGCCUGGCUAGAUUGCCAGAUAAACAGCGUUCCACCACAACUGGCAUGUCUAACGAUGGGACCAUCGCAGGCAAUAAUAAAAUCUGCUACUGCUGCUGCGGGUGCUCACAUUAUUGUUGGUCGAUGGGAGCCUUGGAACGCAUUGUCUUAUUCUCUUACUGUUUCUCUUGUUGGGCUACGGUCAAGAUGCAAAUUUAUUCCUAUCUACAUUCCACCCUAUGUGGUUCGGUCAAAAAAGGGCCCACAUUCAGCUGAUAGUAAAGAAGUAAAACUGGCUGGCAGUCUGUAG